CGUUGGCCAUCAUUGCUGGUACCUGUACAGCCUUUAUGCCCACCUUUGCUGCCUAUGCCACAUCCAGAUUCCUCACUGGUAUUGCACUAUCAGGCAUCUACAACACCAGAAACUGCCUGACCUUAGAGUGGACCCCUACUGAGAGACGGAUCCUGGUGAACACUUGUAAUUCAUACGCCUUCACUUUUGGACACAUGAUCCUGGCCGGCUGGGCCUACCUGGUCAGAGAUUGGCGCCGGCUGCAGUUCUCCAUUUCGGGCUCAUUUGGGAUUAUGCUCCUUUUGUGCCUGGCCCUUCCAGAAUCUGCUUGUUGGCUAAUCACCCACAACAAACUCGAUGCAGCAGUGAAGACCCUUCGGAAGGUGGCCUGGAUCAAUGGACACAAGGAGCAGGGGAGGAAGCUCACUCUGGAAGGGGUAAUGUCUUAUAUUCAGGAAGACCUUGCAUCUGUGAAACCAAAAUCUAUUCUCAGAAACCUUUUCCAGAACCCAGGAAUACGCAAGAUAACAUUGUGUAUUGGAUUUGGGUGGUUUGCUGCUGGAUUCUCCUUUUAUGGACUGAUUUUGGACUUGCAGAAAUUUGGGUUCAGCAUUUACUUGGUCCAAGUGCUAUUUGCACUCAUAGAUUUCCCAAUGCGCUUCCUUGCAGCUAUUAUCAUGUCUCAUUGUGGAAACCGAUUAAGCUUCAUCUUCUGUGCAGUUUUCUCUGGGUGCAUGAUAAUCACUGACAUAUUUGUGCCUCGAGAUAUGGCUACCCUUAGGUUGAUAAUCAGUGUGCUUGGGAAAGGAGGUAUGGGAUUUUUGUUUUUAUGUCUUCACCUCUUCACACUGGAACUCUACCCAACUGAAAUCAGGCAGCAGGGAGUGAGUUUUUGUGGUUUAGCAGCAAACUUUGGUGGACUGCUAGCUCCCCUUGUAUUCAUCAUUGGCAACUAUAGCCCUGUUCUGCAGCCUCUCUUAUUUGGAGGAGUGCCUAUCCUUUCUGCCAUUGCUGUCUCCUUCUUGAUUGAGACCCAUGGCCUCCCGCUGCUUCAAACCAUCCAAGAGACAGAAAACAGGAUGAAGAGGGCACAGUCUCUGAAAGGAAAUGCCAAGAAAGACAUUCAGGAGAGACCAGCCUUCCUUAUGCCUGAAAUGCCACAAGCUGAGAGCACAAUUUGACACUUUCCUGUGGGCCCUCAACCAUGCUUCUGAGGGACUCCAAUGUCUGGACACAGCUUUGUUAUUUUUCCUUAUUGUGAAGUAUGAUCUACAUUUUCUGGAUUGAGAAGUGCAUUCUCUGCCUGCUGAGUGGAUGGAACAAGGUGACCUGGUAGAACU